CGACACACGAAUGGCUGGCAGAACUUUGCCAAAUAUCACAUGAUUAUAUGACCGUCAACAUUUCCUCUUAACACUUUUACAAUCACCAUUCGGCAUGAAAAUGGCUAGACGUGAACGUUUGUCUUCAAGGUGAUAUGACAGGCUGUGCCACGCAGCAUCAUGUCUGUGGAUGGCCACCGGACGUCUGUUUUCACCUUCCAGUCAGCCGAGCACAGCUGCCAUGUCCUGCGCUGCCUGGACGAACAGCGCCAGAAUGACGUGCUGUGCGAUGUGACAGUCCUCGUGGAGAACCGCAGCUACCGCGCUCACUGCUCGGUGCUGGCCUCCUGCAGUGACUUCUUCCGUUCCAGAUUCACCGGAUUCGUCAGUCAGAACCAAGUCAUCACUCUACCUGACAGUGUGACGGUGGAAGGCUUCGAUCCACUGCUGCAGUUUGCCUACACUGCAAAGCUUAGCUUCACCAAAGACAACAUCUUGGAGAUCCACCGAUGCGCUGAGUUCCUGGGCUUUCACAACCUAGACCAGGCUUGCUUUGAGUUUUUCAUCCCCAAGUUCCAGAAGGAUGCCGGCGUUCCAAACGAGGUCCAGAAAGCCAAAAGUAAACGCAACAGUAGUGAGGAACGGGAACAUGGAGCGUGUAGUGGCGCAGUCACAGGCGAUCAAGUCCAGCAAGUCCCAGGUGGUGCUAUGUCCCAGGUGGAGAUGUCCCCCCAGACCCCAGCAGAGCACAGUGGUGGAGUAGUGGGCAUUGCAGGACAAUGCCUAGACACCAGCUAUGUCAGUCAGCCCUCCCAAAACCACCACAGCUCUUCCCCACUGCCAGACACUGCACUGCCCGAGGGAGGAGACCUAGCCCUGGGGUUCACAUCACCAAAGAGCCCCGUGUUCCCCGCGGGCCACGACCAACACCAGUUCUGCCUGCAGAACUGCGGCCCCGAACUCCAGCCCUCCCUGUCCACGGCACCGGAGCAGGUGUGCCCGUUCCUCAAGAUGGUGGGCUCGAGCGUAGACCUGGAUCAGGAGCUGGGAGACGAGGCCAUGACUGAUGAGGCUGUGUUGCUCGGUUUAACCGACGGCGACGGUUGUCCGGACGGCGUCAUCUCGACCUCCGUGGAGACGUGUCCCAUUUUGGACCAGCCGCCGCAGUUGCAGUCUCCGUUCCCCCACCCGAUCGCCAUGCCCGAGGCCUCUGAACAACAAGCCGUUGCGAGUCCCAUGCUAACCCCCACUCACGACAGGCGGCAGCCAAAGUCAAAGUCAGCAGGGCACUUAGAAACGGGCAUCAUGGGUAGCAGCAGCGACACCGACUCUGGCCUCAGUCUCGACACCUCCGCCGGGCACACACCGACACCGUCCUCCAAUAAAACGCCCUCGCUGGAAACAUCCAGCGACAACCGCAGCAGCGUGGAAAGGGAAGUGGCUGAGCACCUAGCCCGAGGCUUCUGGUCCGACCUGGGCUCGUCUUUGUCCUCAUCUGACCCCCUGCCCCCGCUGGACGAGGUGGUGGUGGAUGGGCAGUCGGCCUCCGAGAACGCAGCCAGUGUCACUGGCUCUGUCUCGGCCACUGCCGUGGUGGCGUCGGACUUCCAUUGGCUGAAGCACCUGGAUCUGAGCUCUGGCGCAGGGGAGUGCCCCUUCCUGAGGAACCUGGGGGGCUCGGAGGAGGCGCAGACGCCGGUGGGGGACUGCUCCAGUCUGCCGCAGGAGGAGGAGAGGAGCCCAGGGCCUGGAGGAGAAGGAGGAGGAGGAGGAGGAGGAGGAGGCGGCAGUGGUGUUGGGGGUCUGCCUCCUGUGGACUCGGAGGAGGAGGAGGAGGAGGAAGAGGAGGAGGAGGAUGACCUGAUGCAAUCGGACACGGAGGGGGAAAGGGAGGGGCGCCGCGAGAGGGCUGAGGAGAUUCAGCUGCCCUUCCCCGUGGAACAGAUCCCGGCCAUGACCCGCAGCGCGUUCCAGCAGAUGCUACGGCAACAGAAGCUGACCCCGGAACAGCUGGAGUUCGUCCACGACGUCCGCCGCCGCAGCAAGAACCGCGUGGCCGCCCAGCGCUCGCGAAAGAGGAAGCUCGACUGCAUACGAAAACUGGAGUGUGAGAUCAAGAAAUUGCGGGGCCAGAAGGAGAAGCUGCUGCAUGAGCGUAGCCACCUGAAGCUCAGCAUGGGCCAGACGCUGCAGGGCCUGUCUGGUCUGUGCCAGACUGUAUGUGGAGACGGUGGGCCUCAACCAGAUCAGCUGCAGCUACUAGCCCAGCACCUCUCCUCCGCCAUCCCCAACACUAACACCUCCCCCUCUCCCAACGCCACCAUCGCAAUCGGAACCGGAACCAUCAACACCAUUGGAUCCGGAACCUCUGCUAGCAGCAUCGCGGGCAGUGCCCCCACAAACGCCACCAUCGCUGGCAUCAUUGCAGGCUUCGCUAGCAGCAUCUCUACCAACAACAACAACAGCAACAACAACACCAGCACCACCGCCGCCGCCUCUUUAGCAGCAGACUGCUGUGCCCCCUCCUCCGUCCUCCUCACGCCCAUGGCGUCCCCCAGCCUGGCAGGCCAGGAACGGGACGCGGAUGGAACCGCCGGAAUCGGAACCACCGGCAUCGGAACCGCCGGAAGGGGUUCAGGAACGGAAGGAAGUGGCAGUGGCAACAGUGGCCUCGGCCUCACCAAGGAGCCGAGCGGCGUGGAGGCAGCCACCCCCUGCCCACAGGCGGAGCCUGCCAUGCCCGAGCAGAACGGCGGAGAGGAGAGAGGAUGAAGGGAGUGAUGGCCGGAUCCCAGACCCUAAUGCCAACGCCACCGCCACCGCCACUGCAUCACCCUGAGGGAUCCGAAAGAGUUUUUAAAAAAGUCCGAACGGAGGACAGGAACUUCCGCUGGAGGACGCAUGACCACAUGGACUACCAACAAACGACUCAAGAUAGGGACUCCAAAACGGGUAGAUUAAUAAGCCUGUUUUUUUUUUCAUUCGCCAUUGGAUCCCAUAUUCAGGUCAUGAUUCAAAUCGUGUUAUCUCUAUUAAAAAAAGAAGUACAUAGACGGAAAAUCUAAUCAAGUUGCAUGCCUUAUAUUUGUCAUAGGAUGAGUUCGGAGACUGCUGUGCUGCUCCGACAUAUUUGUUCAGGACUCCCAGUCUCUGUGGACUUCUCUUUUUCUAUGCUCUCUACGGGGAGUAGCCCGCUCUCUCCCACUUCUAUUUGGACUCAGCAAAUACAGAAACAGACUUUAAGACAUUCCUGUUCUUUUUUUGUACACAGUAUGAAAUAUUUCUUACUUUUGGCAUUAAAUGCAAACUGAAAAUAUAUGCACAAUGGACAGAAAAAAAUGUGAAAAGAAAAAAGAAUUUGACCCCUUUGACCGUUAAUACUGUAUACUAUGCAUUAAUUUGAAUUUGUCAGAUGACAAAGGGUCAGGUGUCUGGGACACCAGGUUUUGAUGAAACCCGAAAGACAUUAUCAGCCUAGAGCUGAUCUACAAGCCCCAACUCUGAUGAAGUUGGGACACAAACAAAAUGUUGCCAUUUGCCUUUUAUUGACCCUGUUCUAACGUUGUUGAGAAAUGUUGCGUUUAUCAAAUCUGAAAUGAGCACAAAUCAAGUCUCCCAACACAAUGAUUUUACUCUAUUUUAACAGUUGAUCUGUCGUCUUCUCACUAUUGUCCCUCUAACAUGAAUUGAAUGUUUUGAAAAUAAGGGUUUUGUUUUUAUUCACGAUUUACCAAGUGUCCCAACUUCAGAUUUGGGGUCUGUAUUAUCCUCUCGCGUUACUACUACAGGAUUAGUUGUUACUGUUUUACUAUGCAUGAUGAUGUUAAUGGCCUGAAUGAUGCAAAUAAGAGGAAUUCUUCAAUAUUACUGAUGGACUUGACCUUUUGCUUUUGCUCCACUGAAUCCCAUUUUAAGUCAUCUUUUUUUGUGUGUCGUCUGUAAGCCCUAUAUAAUCCGUCAAUCGUAAGGCUCCGUUAUUGUGUCCUAAUUUUCAUUGUGUGCGUCGCUUUCAAUCUAAUGGGUUAUGCUAAUCUAUGCCAGGUACACAUUCUGUGCCUCAUGCACAACUCACUGCAUGUGGAUUCAACAUGGUGUGCUAUAUAUUAUGGGCAUCGUCCAAUAUCUUGCUUGGGAGAAUUUGCAGGCUUACUAACCUUAAGCAUGCAUUCUACAGUGUGAAGGUUCCAUGCAUGUGUUCAUUUUUUUACCCCCUUCAUCUGGAAAGAUCAAUUUUGGCAAGAGAUGCUAGCAGUCUUUUGAAGUUCAAAUUCAAAGAAAAACAACAAACAUUGGCUGAUCUUCUGCUUUUUGGCUUGGUUGACCAGCAAGGUUGUUAGAAAUUGGACUCAUCUCAAAGAGAUUUUGCGUUUGUUACAUGGGUCUGAAGAUAUACUGUAAGGCCAAAGUGAACCAAUGACCAUUGGUCAUGUCACUGAUGCAGCCUUUUUUUGUUGCCAAAAUGUACCAUGUCUUUGCCUUAAAGUUGGAAUAGCCUUGUUUUUUGUUGUUCUCUGUGAGAGCAGCCAGCAAGACACCCAGAGAAAAAAUAGCACGUCUUUCAAGAAUGUUAUCUUGGCCCUCUAAACUAAAUAACACUUGCCUUGAUCGAUUUAUCAAAAAAAGAUUUUUAGGAAGCCGAGUUUCACUGGAUUGUGUUUCUCAGGAGUUUACUUUGACAAGUUUGACAUGGAGAGCUGACAUGACUGAAUUCAAAGCGUGUCUUUCAAAACUUGUUUAUUUUGAAGAAAAGAUCAAAAGCGGCUCUAUGCAAGAUCUUGUUUGUCUCUGUGAGACAGUCAAAACAGUUCCUACAUGGGAAUGUUUUCCCUGUGAGCAGAAUCCAUGUUUGACAAGGCGAGUGAGGAGAAAUUAAACCAAUUCAUGAAAUUAAUUUAGAUUUUUUUUUU